AUGGUUCAAAAGUCGGUUGAACCGGUAACGGAGGAAGAAGAAGAGACGAGCAAUAAUAAAAAUACGGGUAAGAACGCGAAUAGCGACGAAGAAAAAGAAGAAGAGAAGGAGAAUGAAGCCUUGGAAUUUAAGAAGCUGUUGAGUUAUGCAGAUGGAGUAGAUUGGUUACUAAUGGGAUUAGGAACCUUGGGUUCAGUGGUUCACGGGUUGGCUCAACCGGUUGGUUAUCUUUUACUUGGGAAAGCACUUGAUGCUUUUGGAGCUAAUCUUAAUGAUACUCCUGCCAUGGUUAAGGCCCUUGACAAGGUUGUUCCAUUCGUGUGGUACAUGGCUUUUGCUACUUUUCCAGCUGGAAUACUAGAGAUUGGAUGCUGGAUGUAUGCAAGCGAACGGCAAAUGGUCCGAUUAAGAUUAGCAUUUGUGGAAGCAGUAUUGAAUCAGGAGAUCGGAGCUUUUGAUACUGAUUUAACCAAUGGUCAGAUCAUCACCGGAGUUACCAAUCAUAUGAGUGUAAUCCAAGAUGCCAUUGGUGAAAAGUUGGGGCAUUUCAUAUCAUGCUUUGCAGCAUUUUUCUCAGGAAUAUUGAUUGCAGCAAUUUGCUCUUGGCAAGUAUCAAUGCUUACUCUCUUGGUGGUUCCUAUGAUUCUUGUGAUCGGAGCCACUUACACUAAGAAAAUGAACACUAUUUCAGCUGCUAAAAUUGGGUUUCUUUCUGAAGCAACCACCAUGGUUGAACAGACAGUAUCUCAAAUAAAGACGGUAUUUUCAUUUGUUGGGGAGAGCAGAGCAAUGAAGUCAUUUUCAGAGGGCAUGGCAAAGCAGCUUUCUCUCAGCAAAGAGGAGGCGCUGAUAAAGGGGGUUGGAACAGGAAUGUUUCAAACCGUCACGUUCACUUCUUGGGCGCUCAUCAUAUGGAUCGGAGCCAUUGUAGUUACUGCCCACAAGUCUACCGGUGGAGAUGUCAUUGCUGCCGUUAUGAGCAUUCUCUUUGGAGCAAUAUCACUCACUUAUGCAACUCCAGACAUGCAAAUUUUCAACGAGGCAAAAGCUGCAGGAACUGAAGUUUUCAAGGUGAUCAACAGGAAGUCACUCAUAAGCCACAAAUCAAAAGGAAGAACAGUUGCUAAAGUUGAGGGCAACAUUGAAAUAAAAGAUGUACAUUUUGCUUACCCAUCUCGGCAGGAAAAUUUGAUACUUAGAGGCCUAUCAUUGUCCAUUCCUGCCGGUAAGACAGUGGCAUUAGUGGGCAGCAGUGGCUGCGGAAAGAGCACCGUCAUUUCCCUAGUUGCAAGAUUUUACGAUCCGUUGGAAGGGGAUAUUCUUAUCGACAACAACAAUAUCAAGGAUCUUGAUUUGAGAUUUCUUCGAAGGAAUAUUGGAGCAGUUUUCCAGGAACCAUGCCUAUUCGCUGGUACUAUCCAGGAUAACUUGAAAGUUGGAAAUAUGGAUGCCACUGAUAGGCAAAUGCAAGAUGCAGCAACAAUGGCAAAUGCGCACUCCUUUAUUUCACAACUUCCUAAUCAGUAUUUAACUGAGGUAGGAGAAAGGGGAGUCCAAUUAUCAGGAGGACAAAAGCAGAGAAUCGCGAUAGCAAGAGCAAUUCUUAAGAAUCCUCCAAUUCUUUUGCUUGAUGAGGCCACAAGUGCACUUGAUUCAGAAUCAGAGAAAGUGAUUCAGGAUGCCCUAGAGAGGGCUAUGGAAGGGAGGACAGUCAUCUUGAUUGCUCACAGGUUAUCUACUAUUGUAAAUGCAGAUACCAUUGCAAUCGUGGAGGAUGGACAAGUUACAGACACAGGAACACACAACGCCUUGCUUCAAACCAAUAAUUUCUACAACAACUUAUUUAGCUUGCAGAAUAUCAGCACAAUUAGCAAUACAAGGUUCAUUUACAGUUUUACACCUAAUUCCUACAUCCAUUAACCAUAAUAAAAAGCUUAUAACCUAACUAAGUUAUUAAUUGACAGAGAUUCAGCCUCAGAAGAACAUGGAAACAUCACCCAAGAACUUGCAAUAAAAAGAAAUGAGCAUCACGACAUACCUAGUGAUUUCAGUGUGCAUCUGAGCCAGUCUCCAAAGAAAGAGGAGCAUAAAGACACUACGAAAUCAGCAAUAUUCUUUAGAAUCUGGUAUGGCUUGCGAAAGACAGAGCUUCUAAAACUUUCUAUAGGCUCCGUAGCAGCCGCUUUCUCAGGCAUUUCAAAGCCUGUUUUCGGAUUCUUCAUUGUAACAGUUGGAGUAGCAUAUUACGAGAGCGAGGCAAAGAGGAAAGUUGGAUGGUAUUCAAUAGCUUUUGCUCUAAUAGGACUGCUUUCAUUGUUCACUCAUACCUUGCAACACUACUUCUUCGGAGUAGUAGGAGAGAAGGCCAUGACUAACCUCAGACGAGCAUUAUAUUCAGGUAUACUACGCAACGAACUUGCAUGGUUUGAGAAACCAGAGAAUAGUGUUGGUUCACUUACUUCACGGAUCAUUCAUGACACUUCGAUGGUGAAGACGAUAAUUUCUGACCGAAUGUCUGUCAUUGUUCAGUGUGUCUCAUCCAUACUAAUUGCAACUGUUGUUAGCAUGGUUGUUAACUGGAGAAUGGGUCUAGUUGCUUGGGCAGUGAUGCCUUGUCAUUUCAUAGGAGGACUGAUUCAAGCAAAAUCAGCCAGAGGAUUUUCAGGCGACUCUGCAGCUGCCCACUAUGAACUUGUCACACUCGCUUCCGAGUCUGCAGCCAACAUAAGAACAGUUGCAUCUUUUUGUCAUGAAGACCACAUCCUCAAAAAAGCCAAAUCAUGCCUAGAAAAGCUAAAGAAGAAGUGCAGGAAACAGAGUAUUAAGUAUGGCCUGGUUCAAGGUGUUUCCCUUUGUUUAUGGAAUAUUGCACAUGGCGUUGCUCUAUGGUACACUACACGUUUAGUCGAAAGACAUCAAGCAAGCUUCGAAAAUGGCAUAAGAUCAUACCAGAUUUUCUCACUCACAGUACCUUCAAUCACAGAAUUAUGGACAUUAAUCCCCACAGUCAUAUCCGCUAUCAAUCUACUAACUCCGGCAUUCGAAACUCUCGACAGGGAAACCGAAAUCGACCCAGAUACACCCAAAAGCUCAAAUCACAAGAAAAUAACAACAGGAACAGUAGAGUUUCAGAACAUCAAAUUCAGCUACCCAUUAAGACCAGAAGUGACUGUUCUCAACGAUUUCAGUUUGCAAAUCGAAUCCGGAUUAAGAGUUGCCCUAGUCGGUCCAAGCGGAGCUGGAAAAUCUUCAGUUUUAGCCCUAUUGCUAAGAUUCUACGAUCCUGGAGAAGGAAGAGUGCUAAUUGAUGGAAAGAACAUUAAAGAAUACAAUCUGAGAGUAUUGCGGACACAGAUAGGACUAGUUCAACAAGAGCCACUUCUAUUCAGCUGUUCAAUCAGAGACAACAUUACAUACGGCAACAACGAAGCUUCGGAAGCAGAAAUCAUAAAGGUAUCAAUGGAAGCGAACAUUCAUGAGUUUGUAAGUAACUUACCUGACGGAUACAACACAGUUGUCGGAGAGAAAGGCUGUCAACUCUCCGGCGGACAGAAGCAACGGAUCGCCAUUGCUAGAACUCUACUAAAGGGACCAGCAAUUUUGCUCCUGGAUGAAGCAACAAGUGCGCUUGAUGCCGAGUCUGAAAGAUCAGUCGUGAGUGCUCUGGAAUCAAUGAAUCUAAACAGCAGCGAUAGCUCGUUAUACAGAGCCACACAGAUUACAGUAGCGCAUAGGCUGUCGACUGUAAGAAAUUCAGACACAAUAGUUGUUAUGGAAAAAGGAAUGAUUGUGGAGAUAGGUUCUCACUCCACACUCAUAAGGAUGUCUGAGGGAGUAUAUUCUAGGCUGCAUCACUUGCAAAACAUGACAGAAAGCUAAGCUAAAUGUUUUUUCCACUAAAUUUUACAGAUACAUAUAUAUAUAAAAUGAUACGCAUUAGUGCAUUACAAGCCAUAAUUGCUUAGUAGAACGGAAAUUUAUCGAU